AUGUCGGAACAAUACCUUAUCAAGCCUGAUACCAGUUCUCCUUCCAAUGACACCACUGAAUGGCCCUUGUUGUUGAAGAACUAUGACAAGCUCCUUGUGAGAAGCGGUCAUUACACCCCAAUCCCAGCGGGAUCCUCUCCUCUCAAGAGAGACCUCAAAACCUACAUCCAAACCGGUGUGAUAAAUCUGGACAAGCCUUCGAACCCAUCUUCGCACGAGGUGGUUGCUUGGAUCAAGAGAAUCCUGAGAGUGGAGAAGACCGGUCACUCUGGUACCCUUGACCCUAAGGUCACUGGAUGCUUGAUUGUGUGUAUCGACCGUGCCACCAGAUUGGUAAAGUCCCAGCAAGGAGCUGGUAAGGAGUAUGUGUGUAUUGCGCGUCUGCACGAGUCUCUGGAUGAUGAGAAAGAAAUGGCACGUGGUCUUGAGAACUUGACCGGAGCCCUUUUCCAGAGGCCUCCCUUGAUCUCGGCAGUCAAGAGACAGCUCAGAGUUAGAACCAUCUACGAAACAAACUUGAUUGAAUUCGACAACAAGAGAAACCUUAGUGUGUUUUGGGCUUCGUGUGAGGCCGGUACCUAUAUGAGAACCCUGUGUGUUCACUUGGGUAUGCUUCUUGGAGUUGGUGGACACAUGCAAGAGCUCAGAAGAGUCCGUUCCGGAGCCAUGUCUGAGAACGACAACAUGGUGACUUUGCACGAUGUUAUGGAUGCCCAAUGGGUGUACGACAACUCCAGAGAUGAGAGUUAUCUGCGUAGAAUCGUCCAGCCGCUCGAGACUUUGCUCGUUGGUUACAAGAGAGUCGUUGUGAAGGACUCGGCUGUCAACUCCAUCUGCUAUGGAGCCAAGCUCAUGAUUCCCGGUUUGUUGCGUUAUGAAGAGGGCAUUGAACUGUACGACGAAGUCGUGCUGAUCACCACCAAGGGUGAGGCUAUUGCCAUUGGAAUUGCUCAAAUGUCGACUGUGGACCUUUCGAGUUGCGACCACGGUGUUGUGGCCAAGAUCAAGAGAUGUAUCAUGGAGAGAGACACCUACCCUAGAAGAUGGGGCUUGGGCCCUGUUGCCCAGAAGAAGAAGCAGAUGAAGGCAGAUGGCAAGCUGGACAAAUACGGAAGAGACAACGAGAACACUCCUGAGUCCUGGAAGAAGGAUUACGUCAACCACGAAAACGACCCUGCUCCUCCAGUGCCUGCACACAAGCUGGAGGCCCCAGCUAUUCCAACCACACCUUCUAAGCCUUUGGUGGAGGACAUUUCCAUGACCGAGCCAGAAGAAACCCCUAAGAAGGAGAAGAAGGAGAAGAAAGAAAAGAAGGAAAAGAAGGAAAAGAAAGACAAGAAGGACAAAAAGAGAAAGGCCGAGGACGAUGAUGAGAAGUCCGACAAGAAGAAGAAGAAGAGCAAGGACUAG